AACGAAUAUACAAAGCGUUUAAACAAAAUUUACAAGCUCGGAAUUAAAAUCAGUCCAUCGUCUACAUCGCUCGCCCAAUACUUCUCCUCCUCCUGGAAUUCUCCCCCUUUGAGUGCUUCGCCACAAGGCAACGAAUUUUCAUACUUCCCCUAUUCCCAUUAUAUACCUUCCUCUCUGCCUCUCUCCUCUCUCUGUCUCUCCCUCCCCGUCGGAAUAGCAGACGGCUGUGAAAAUGGCGGAUACCCACAAUCACGACGACUUAGACCAGCUGCUCGAUAGUGCUCUCGAUGAUUUCCAGAGUCUCAAUUUUGCGGCUCCAGCCUCACAGCAGCGGUUCCGAUUCUUCCUUGAUUGAUGGCUUCCAUUUGUGCUGCUCCUUUAGUAAAAUUUUCGGCAUGUUAUCUUAGAAAAAAAGCUGUGAUUGGUAAUGCAGAAGCGCUGGCGGCGAUGAAGAGAGGAUGAAGGUUGAGGGGUUUGGUGAUUUGCCAGCUGGGAUUCAGGGUUUGGGGAUGGGAUUGCCCGGCUUGAAGAAGAGCAAGAAGAAAGGGAAGCAAAUGGCGGCUGCGACAGCAGGAGAUUCUUCUACUGGUCAUGUGGCGGAGGCGCUUGAUAAGCUUAGGGAGCAGACGAAGGAGGCUGUGAAAGGAAUGGAGUCUGUGACUAGUGAUUCAAAGGGUGAUGACAAGGAUGUUGCAAUGGAGGCUUGGGUUAAGCAGUUCGAGGAGCUCGCCUCAACCCAGGACAUGGAAUCUCUGGUGGAGUCCAUGAUGCAGCAGCUGCUGUCAAAGGAGAUUCUUCAUGAACCCAUGAAGGAAAUCGAAGGGAGAUAUCCAAUAUGGUUGAAGGACCAUGAAUCUAGUUUGAGCAGGACAGAAUACGAACGUUAUUCCCAACAGUACGAACUCAUAAAAGUUCUGAACCAGGUUUACGAGAACGACCCCAACAACUACACCAAGAUUACCGAUCUCAUGCAAAAGAUGCAAGAGUGUGGGCAGCCACCUGAUGAAAUCGUCCGGGAACUCGCUCCUGAUCUUGAUUUGGCUAGCCUCGGUCAGAUAACACCGGAGAUGAUCGAGUCCCAGCAAAACUGUAGCAUAAUGUGAAGGAAGACAGACAGAGAUACCUUUGCUUAUUGAAAGAAAGCCUAUGAUCAAAUCAUCUUCGCUUCAUGUUCUACUCUUUAUUCCUGUAGCUACUUUUGAGUGAAACAUUCAUCUACAUGAAGAAGGUAGUCUGGUCUGGCAUUCCACCAUAUAUUACGAAAACACACGAAGGAACAUGAUUGAUUGUCGGUUGUCAGUUACCACAAACGCAAUCUCCAGUUCUCUGUAUGACUGUAUCAACAAUCACAAGAAAGCCAUGUAAAGCAAGAAAACCACAAAAACUCUGUAUAACACAAACUUCUCUUAUGUAUGUUCCUCUAGAUACUGGAUUACUGGUCUUUGGACUUCGAACGAAUGAAAGAAUGAAUGAAUCGCGCAUUACAGAUAAACAGGAAGGAAGGAAGAAUGAAUCACAACUGAUUCUAAGCAAGUAAAGCAUCAGCUGGAAGCCAGUGCCUGCCAUUAACAAAGCUCUUGGCUAGAAACUUGUGUGCAGAAUCAUAAUCUAGCUCUCU